AUGGACAGCAACCUCUUCAAACUGCUGAUGCUUAGAUCAAAGACCAGGGUGCUUAAGAAGCAUCUAAGGGAGUUCCUGUUCAUUGAUGACACAGCUAUUGUGGCUCACAGUCAGCAAGAACUUCAGUCACUCAUGGCUUGCUUUGCGGAUGCAUGCAUGGAAUUUGGCCUCAUAAUCAGUUUAAAGAAGACCCAGGUGAUGGUCCAAAAUGUAGAUAUUGUGAUGGAUAAGUGGCUGAAACCAGGCACAAAAGAGCUGACACAUGAUAUGAGCAUGGAAUGUGAUCAGAGUACUUCUCAAGACAUGUCCAACAUUUUGGUGCAAAACACUAACCAGGCACAGUCCUUAAUUUCUCAAAGAGGAAAAAAGAGAAAGUACUGUGAUGGAUACAUGAAAUAUGGAUUUUUGUAUGUGGGAAAUGAAGACUGUCCUAAGCCCCAAUGCAUGGUGUGUGGGGAAGUGCUGUCAAAUGGUAGCAUGAAACCUUCCCUACUUUUACGACAUUUAGAAACGAAACAUGCUAACUAUAAAAACAAAGAAUACAGUUUUUUCAAACGGUUAGCGGAAAAUAACAAAAGAAUGAAUCUGACAUCAUACAUCCUGUCAGGUAACAAAGACUACGAAAACGCAGUUGAAGCUAGUUACCGUAUUAGUUACCGUAUCGCAAAAUGUGGUAAAAGUCAUACUAUAGCCGAGACUCUAAUAUCUCCCUGUAUAACAGAUGCCGUUCGAUGUAUGCUUGGAGAAGAACAUGUGCGGAAAAUGACCACCAUCCCUCUUUCGAACAAUACAAUAUCUCGAAGAAUUGAAGAGAUGUCUGAUGAUGUUGAAAUGACAGUAAUAGCUAGAAUUAAAAGCAGUAAUAUUUUUGCUAUUCAAGUUGAUGAAAGUACAGAUGUUGCCAAUUGUGCUAUUUUGCUUGUUAUUGCAAGGUAUUUGAAAGAUAAUGAAGUUGAAGAAAACCUUUUGCUUUGUCAUCCUCUGUCACAACGCACAAGGGGUGAGGAUAUAUUUAAUGUUAUUGAUUGUUAUUUCAAAGAAAAGGAGAUUAAUUGGUCUAACUGUUGUGGAUUAUGUACCGAUGGUGCCAAGUCUAUGUCAGGGAUUUACUCUGGUCUUCGUGGUCUUGUCAUGAAGGUAGCUCCCAAUAUAAGUUGGAGCCACUGUUGCAUCCACAGACAAAGUUUAGCAUGCAAGAACCUCCCUGGUGAAUUAAAAGUUGUUUUGGAUGAAGCUGUGAAAGUGGUGAAUUUUAUAAAAUCAAAGUCCACAAACUCAAGAAUUUUCAAAGCUGUGUGUGAAGAGAUGAUGAGUCCUCAUUCUACUCUGCUCCUUCAUACAGAAGUAAGGUGGCUUUCUCGUGGUAAAGUACUUACCCGGCUGUUUGAACUUAGACAUGAAGUCCAGGUGUUUUUCGAAGACCAUCCUUUCUUCCUUGCUUCCAAGUUACACGACUAUUUUUGGAGGUCAUGUCUUGAAAAUGGCCAAACUGAGGUAUUUGAAACUCUGCAUAAUUUCUUAUCUGAAAACAAGCUUAAUCUAUCCCAGGAAAUAAGGAAGAAAAUAAAUGAACACUUGAAUGGGCUAAAAUCGGACUUCCAGAAGUACUUCCCCAAACUUGAAGAAGAAAUCUAUUGGAUUUCAAAUCCUUUUGAAGAACAAUAUGUCCAGGCAGCUAAAUUAUCAGUCAAGGAGAAAGAGAAGUUGAUUGAACUUUCAACUGAUAGUACUUUAAAUGCUGAAUUCAAAGGACACUUUCUUAUUAACUUUUGGGCAAACAUCAGCAGAGAAUACGAACAGCUUUCUGACAAGGCCCUUUUGCUUCUUUUGCCAUUUACAAGUACUGAACUAGCAGAGAGAGCUUUCUCUUCUUAUGUCUUAAUUAAAAACAAAUAUCGUAAUAAGUUGAAUGCAGUUCCAGAUUUACGAUUACACCCUUCAUCAGUUGAACCCAAUUUCAAAAAACUAUGUGCCUCAAAACAAGCACAAGGCUCACAUUAA